GUGAUGGCUGUGGUGGGGUACUGGUGGCGCGGGGUCGAAAAAGAUAGCUUCUCCGGAGUGCAGCUGCCGGGAUUUCGCUUCUCCGAAGCCUGUCAAUGCUUCCCAUGGAACUCCACUUCAGUCAUACUAAGUUCAAUUCUGUGUUUUCGUGUUUUUGGGAUGAACGAGGUUUAGAACCAUUACAAGGUUCGAGUAAAUCUUGACAGAUUUGUUGGCGGAAUUUCUUCUUUCUGACAAUUGUGAUCCACGGCUCGCAGUACACGCUCCAGACAGCAGAACUAUUGAAAAUGGGGGAUAACCGAGCAUCUGUAGUUCUGGAGCAUGUCAUUCCACGCAUCCAAGAAAAGAUCAAGAAUCAGUCUCAUGGAGAUGGGCAUCGUCCAUUCAUUCUAGGAGUAACUGGACUUCAGGGCUCUGGGAAGUCUCACCUCGCAUCUGCGCUCGUGAAAGAGCUGUGUGAAAAACACCAAUACAACGCGAUUGAGGUAUCGCUUGAUGAUUUCUACCUGCCGCACCAAGAACGGACAGCGCUGCGACUGCAACAUCCUGAGAAUAAGUUGCUAGGUGCGAGGGGACAGCCGGGCACUCAUGAUACCCAGCUCGCCAAAGAGUUCUUUGAGCAAUUCGAGAGCCCUCAGUCUGAUAUAUGGAUCCCUAUCUUUGACAAGAGUCUCUUCCAAGGUGACGGUGAUCGAUCGCCUCGGGAUCAGUGGAGGACAGUCCAUGGACCAGUAGAUGUUGUCAUCUUUGAGGGAUGGUGUGUUGGCUUUAGACCAAUUGCGAGGGAAGCAGUCGACAAGAAACAUCAAGAUGCAAUACAAAUAAGAUCGUCGACAGUAAAAAUUGAGACACCGCCCGAGUCUGACUAUUCGACCUCGACAAUUGCCGAUCAUGAGUUGAGUCACUUGCUCUGGGUUAACGAACAGUUAGACCAAUACUGUAGAGGAUUCAUGGGGCCGCAGAAUUUCGACUUCUUUGUACAUCUUGACACGGAUGAUCUGGCGAAUGUGUAUAUUUGGAGGACACAGCAGGAACAUGCGCUGCUAGAGAAAAAGGGGAGUGGAAUGACUGACGAGCAGGUUGUGAAAUUCGUGCAAGUCUAUAUGCCAGCAUAUGAAUUGUAUUUGGAUGGGUUGCAAGAAGGUUUCUUUAGCGGAGUACAGGAUGCGAAGAAAAGGCAGAUUCGUCUAGUGAUGGAUAUCAAAAGGAGUGUAUCCAAAGCAGAAGUCUUUUCAAACAUUACCGAUAGCCGAGCCAGAUUUUAACACCAAGUCACAUCUCGGUCCCACGGUCGACUACUGACUUUUUCAAACUUCAAAUAGAAAUACAGUACUGAUCUCUGCCGAAGGUAAC